AUGCUGAAUAAGAGAUUCGGAAGCUGGAUUGAAUUAGAUAAUGCGCUAAAGGAUUUCCAUAAAAUGACCCAUACACACUAUGUUCACGCAGAAAGUAGAUUGUUGAAGGAUGUGAGAUAUAAAUACUUGUUCGUAGUGUUUCGUUGCACGUUUGGUCGUAAACGUAAAUCAGAAGGUCUGAAUGUGAUUAAAAAACCGUCUAAAUUUUUAAAUUGCCAAUCGAUGUUUCGCGUAAGAUUGGAGGGUCAACAAUACGUUAUAAAAUCUUACAACAUGACUCACAACCAUCCGUGUACAAGUUCGUGGAUGGUUUGUGAUCCGUUGAGUAGACGAUUGUCAUCAGAAGAAAAAGAAAACUUGAAACCAGUUAUAUUGCACUGUCAGUCGACGGACGAAGUUAUCGAAAGUAUUAAGGGAAGAACAGGUAAGCAGGUGACCGCUGCUGAUGUCAAAAAUAUGAAAGCUGAACUCUCCACUGGUUGGACUCGGAAGCAGGUAUUGCAGAUGAUGCGACAAAACGGUCAAGUUAGAGAGCAUGCAUACAAUUAUGAUGCUCCACAGCGUCUUAUACCCUUGCUGAACAUGUUGACCCCAUUCGCAAGAUCCAAAGUGUUAUACGAACUAAAAAGAAUGCGUUUCGUUAACUUAGAAUAUGAAAGCGGCGAGUGGUUGUUUAUGCUUGACCGCGGACAACAUUACGAAGUAGAUGUAAGUAUUUGUGAAUGCAAUUGUAGCACGUUUAAUAUGUGUCGAUAUCCGUGCCGCCAUCUCCUACUGGCAUAUAUUAAAAGACGAAGUCUAACAGCUCAUCAACUUCUUAGGUGUUGCUGUAGAUGGAAAUUAGACAAUACGCACAAUUUACAAAACAACACAGUAAUUUCAUUACGGAGACGAAGUAAAGAAUAUAUACAACUUCAACGGCUCCAAAGAAUGUGCAAACAACAAAUUGUUGAGAAAUAUGGUGAACGCUUCGCGAAUCAGGUGGAGAGAAAAGUCUACAAUUUUUACUUAAGAAUUAUAAACAGCUAG